AUGCAACGGGUGCAACAGGCGGACGUGAGCUCAGACUCUCUUCUCACUGGUGCUGAGUUGGCGCUGCUAUGUAACAAGAAGUACGGUUUAUACCAUGACAUGGCUCUCAAGUGCGACAAGCUGCAGCUCGUGACAGACAGGAAGUUGGUAUCAGUCAAUAUUUACUACGCGUACUACGGGCAGAUUAAUCCUCGCUUUCCCUACUCGGAAGCUGAGUAUCUCUCGAAGCUCGACACCAUCGCCAACGCUGUGAACACCUGGGGACAAGCAGAAUUCGUCCGAUCCUUCUUCGCCGAGAAACCUACAGCCUAUCGUGGACUUCCUUCACGUCCUAGAUGGGAUACAGCUGUAUCUAUCCGACUGUACAAGAGCCCCACAUGGAACGAUGCUCUCGUGGAGGAUUGGUUUCUCACGUAA